AUGCCUAAUUUAGCCCCAACGGAGAUUGCCAGGGCCCUCGAAAUGCGAAGAAAUGGUCAAACGUACAGAGUGAUAUCCAGAGAUCUUCGUCGACCAGUUUCAACGAUCCAUCGCAGUACCCAACGGUUCAGGGAAACCGGUACUUAUGUGAGAAGAGCAGGACAAGGCAGAAAAAGACGCACUUCGAGUAGGGAUGACCGUUUCAUUCGGCUACGUGUACGUAGGAACCCCCGUUUGACAGCCGUCCAAGCCCGACAUGAGCUAGAAGCAGUGCGGGGUGUAACCAUAAGUGAGCGUACGGUACGAAGAAGGUUCGAAGAAGCUGGUUUGGGUUCAUUUGUGCCCGCCAAGGCUCCAAGGCUCGAGGAUAAUGCUCGGCCGCAUACCGCUCGGGUAACUCAAGCUUAUCUUAAUGAUAUGAAUAUCACUGUUAUGGAGUGGCCGGCGAGAUCACCAGAUAUGAACCCAAUAGAGCACGUUUGGGACUUGCUGAAAAAAAAAGUUAAGUCCAGAAUUCCAGCUCCUGCCAACGUGGGUGAACUGCGAAUCACCGUAGUUGAGGAAUGGCGAAGACUAUCCCAGCCGGCCUAG